AGAAAACCAUCCAACACUGUCAAGCAUUUUCCUGAAGAUCAAUUCUGACCCUUGAAAGCAUUCUUUGCUUUGAUUUUGUUUCAUUAAUUCCCUUUACCAACCCACAAUGAGCACCCAAAAACUCAGCAAAGCGUCUAUGCUUUUCUUGGUUGCAGUAGUCGCUCUUAUGGCGACCCAAGGCAAUGCACUCGUGCCCUACACAAGGUCUCUAUGGGACAUGAUGCUCCCAGCAGAAGACCCUUUUCGAAUCCUGGAACACAUCCCACUGACAGUGCCCAAAGGGGUUGAGACCACCCUGGCGUUGGCUCGAGCAGACUGGAAAGAAACCCCACAGGCGCAUGUCAUCUCCCUGGACAUUCCAGGGAUGAAGAAAGAUGAUGUGAAGAUCGAGGUGGAGGAGAACAGGGUGGUGAGGGUCAGCGGGGAGAGGAAAGAUGAGGAACAAGCUGAGGGAGACAAGUGGCACAGAGCUGAGAGAAUCAAUGGCAAGUUCUGGAGGCAGUUCAGGUUGCCUGGCAAUGCAGAUUUGGAUCACAUCAAGGCUCAUUUGGAAGAUGGGGUUCUGAGGAUUGUUGUGCCCAAGUUUGCUGAGGAGAUUAAGAGGCAGCCUAAGGUCAUUGACAUUGUUGGGGAAGAGGGUUCUUCUGGCCAGGAUGUCGAGGCCACCAAAGCUACUCAAAAGUAGAAUUUGUAGUUACAUAUUUGGUAUCUAUGGAAUGUGAUGAUGGAAAUGUGUUUGUUAUGUAUGAAGAUUUCAUGCUUUAUGUAAUUUCGAUCUAUUAAUUAAUAAAAUAUUAACUGUAUUUUGCCAUAA